CUCCAAUCAACUACCUGUGCAUAUCAAAAGACUUUGUCAAUUCUAUUGAUUUUUUAUUUAUUUUUAUUUGAGGUCAACUUAUAUACACAAACAUUUCUUUUAUUUUGAAUAAUAUUUUGAUUAUCAAAUUUCUUUUUGACAUGUUUGUCCAAGUCAUGGUCUGGUUUGCUUGAGUUUACUCGGCUUGUUGGAACAAGGAUGGGCAAUGAUCCUGAUACCUUUGGCUCUCUGUGGCUCUUGGAUUGGAUGUCCUCAUCAUGGUAUGUCGUUGAAUUUUGUAUAUGCAUUUAGAAGGACUGACUACUUUUGGUUUGCAUGUUUGCAAGUUAAAGCGUUCAACAGCAUAGUAGUUGAAACAACCAUUAAUUCUUUCUUGGGUUGACGAUCUAUUUCCCCCUGAGAAGUAUCAUAUAUCACUAGAUACACACAGACUUUUGAUCCCGUUCAAUUUCUCCACAAAAUAAAAGUUCGAAUCCUAUAUCCCCCCAAUUUGAAAGAUCGAGUUCUGUUUCCCCAUACCGUCGAAUUUAAUGGUUUACUUGGGUGAACCAGUAGCUAACCAAAAUAAACCCAUUUUAAACAUAACCACACCCGUUUGAAAACCCGACCCUAGUCUUUAAAAUCCCCGAUUCCUAAAACAAUUACAGUCACGAACCCUAACAAAUCGAAUUGGGGAAAUUGAUUUGUGGGAGAGAUAAGAGAAAUUGAAAGAUGAGUGAUGUUUCUGGAGCUUCAAGUGAGUCGUCAAUGGUGCGUUCAAGGAAAAGGUUCGUGGGUGUCCCAAAACAGUGUUGGUGCGGAUAUGAAAUCUCGACUUUGAUGUCAAGAUCAGACAAAAAUCCGUAUCGUCGUUACCAUAGGUGUUCUUAUGCUGUUUCAAAAAAGCUUGAGAAUGAUAAUCAUUUCUUCAAGUGGGUGGAUGAGGCAUUGUUAGAAGAGAUUAAUGUUCUGAAGAACAAAAUGAGUAAUCUUGAAGAAUUGGUGAAAGAAGUUAUGAUGGAACGAGGAGAAAGUGAGAAGAAGGUAUUUGAGAAGAUGGAGAUGAAGCUAGAGACAGAGCUUUUCGACAAGAUGGAGGAAGUGUUAAAGGAAGCGAAAUGGAGCAUGAAGAAGAUGUGUGCUGGUAUUGUAAUAGCUUGUGUUGUUGGGUUAGCUUCGGAAGCUCCAACUGAACUGCCUUGAUCAGUCCCUGAAACCGACCACACACAAACAUAAGAAAAUUAUAUUUUUAGAAAAAAAUUACAUGAUAAUCAAAGCUUACCUUCUGACGAUCGGAGACCAUAAUAUAUCCAUCACCAUCUCCUAAACCCAAGUCUGUCUUGAUAUGCUUCACAAACCACACCCAAUUUGGAGUGUUUUCCACUUGAACAACUGCCCAAGCAAUGGGGUAGAUUGAAUUAUCCCCAUCUCGACCAAGAGCCACUAACAACUGUCCUUUAGUUUUCCCUCUCAAGAAUGUGCCAUCCAUCCCAAUAAGAGGUCUACAUGUAGCCUGCCAUGACCUCCUAAGCACAUCGAAACACACAUAGAAACGGUCGAACACAUCUUUUCCUUCCUCAUUUCUCUUGGUCUCGACUUCCACCGAAGAGUUGAUAUUUGACUCGAGAAUCUCGGCAGCAUAGUCUCGGAUUCGAGCAAACUGAGUCUCAUACUCCUUCUGAAUCCACCCCAUUGCUUUAUUUCGAGCAGCUUGACAUUGUGCUCUAGAAACCGUGAUCUUCCACCUCUCCUUGAUCAGUUCUUCUAUCUUCAUUGGCAUGAAAUAUUUUGGUUCUUCUCUUAUCUUAUCAACAAACAGCCUAGCUAUCACAGGGACCUUAAGCAUCUCACAUUCUCCAUUUGGAACACAGCUGUGUUCAUUCUUGUACACUUUAACAUACCAUCUCUCUGGUUCUCCUUUACUCGAGCAAUAACACGCCACAGACAGUGUGAAUCCACAUUCCGACCAACACAACUAAAACCAAGUUUAGUUUUGUCAUACCUAUACUGCUUGAUAUUGUGACCAGUCUUUAGAGCGUAGUCCAAUACCGCCUCUUUGAACGCAACUCCAUUGAAGAAUACUUGGCCCUCGAAGAGAUUCCCAUCACCUCUUCUAAUUCGAUAACGCUCUCUUGUCCUCUGUCGUUUCAUUUGUUGCUCUUCACCAUCUUCCUCCUCAUCUGUAUCACUAUCAUUCUCGGUAUCGGGAUAGAUGUUAUGUCGGAUGGGAGGUUCGUUGAUGAAUGCAGCUACAUCUUCUUCAACCCGGAAAGCGUGUCUCUCCAUCUCUUCUUCGUCGUCUGAUUUAUCCCUAAGGGAAGGAAUCGUGUUUUCACUGACCGUCUCCAUUUUUUCUACUUGUAAUCAACUAAAAUCGGCUGGUAAAUCUUUCUAGGUUUCUUUGUCGAUGAAGAACACUGGGGAUUUGGGGGUUUAUGUUUUCGGGUUAAACCAAUAACAAUUGGGUUAUAAUCGGGUUUUAAUCAGGUUUUAAUCGGAUCUUAAACGGAUCUUUUCGGUUAAAUCGCGGUUUUUGUUGGGCAACAAUAGGUUUACGGUUAAAUGAUAAACAGUAAACCGGCGUUAAUCCAAACCUAUGUGUAUUGCAAUGUUUAACUUCGACGGUAUGGGGAAACAUAACUCGAUCUUUCAAAUUGGGGGAUAUAGGAUUCAAACUUUUAUUUUGUGGGGAAAUAGAACGGGAUCAAAAGUCUGUGUGUAUCUAGUGAUAUAUGAUACUUCUCAGGGGGAAAUAGAUCGUCAACGCAUUCUUUUGUCACUGAUGUUUAGUCUUGUUAAGUACUAAAUAGUUGAAACUAGAUAAUUUCAAAAGUAGGGAAUUGGGAUCAACUGCUGAAAAAUGCUCCUCUUCCGUAAGAUAUUGAGAAACACCGAAACUAACAUAUACUGUUGAUAUUGGGACCCGGAGUUCAUAUACCUCUGGGCUCUGGCACUGCAAUCAUAGCUGAAAAUGGAAACAAAAUACCUUACCAGGUACCAAAAAUGACGAUCGCUGUUGUUAAUUAUCUUCCGAGCUGUCGAUACACCUGAUUCUCAACGUAAUGCUUGGCAACAAGACCAGGGAGUUUGACUAUGUUUUCUACAUUUUGCUCCUAAACCGUUUCUGGUUAUCUAAUUUGGUGGUUGAUAAGGAUGUUCUUCUGGUUCAAUGGGAAAGGUUUACCGAAUUGAGGUUGUGAAGCCCAGUGAUUAAGAACUGGACAAGAGUAAUAAGGCCCAACUGAUUAUGAGAUAAUGUUUUGCACAUAAUGAAAGUCAAAUGAUACCUGCAAUCCGUAUUAAAUUUGAUUUUAAAAUAUAUAGAUUUUUUUGUUCUUUCUCCCAAAACAACACGAUCUAAAUAUGUUUCCAGACAUUAAACAGCCUUUUACGGAUUAAUCAAAAGUAUUGGCUACAUUAGCAAAUCGCAACUAACCAACUAUGGUUCAUGAUUACUUACAAACAAAAACUUAUUCUCUUCAUACUAACUUUCUUAUAAAGAGGCGUGUGUUUUCUUUUUUUUGGGGUCAAAUAAUUUGCACAAGACGUGUUACAAUGUACUAAGAACCUGCAAUGAAUAUUCCACCCAUAGACUGUAUCAUUUAUCUAAAUAUAAUUUCAGAGUUUAUUUAAGUAAUACAAAAACAAUAACAAAGCAAUAAUGGCUUUUUGAUGUCCCAGCUUUUAUAAUGUAGAAGAUGCUCUCUUUAACAAUUCUUAUACACGAAGCAUCACUUGUCUGUUGGUCGAAAUUCUAAAUUAAAUGAACCAAACUAAUUUUCCACUUCAAUUAUUUUUAUAAAUUCUUUACGGCAAUAGUCCUUUUCGACGAGGGACCAUCUUCCGUCUACCAACUUCUUCCACUAAUCCUUCUCUAAUCAUCCUUUUAAAUUAUAUUAAGGUUAUUACUAAGCUAAACCAUGAUCAACUAAACAUAGCAUCAUCGUCGUUUCUCUAACAGCUAGCUAUUUUUAAUCAAGAAAGGUUGUAGUAUAUUGACAGCUAAGCUAAAUCCAUGUAAGAGUUUUGUUUGUUUGUUAUAUCAUGCAGUCAGCAUAUUCGAUGGCAUCUAAUAGUAACACGACAUGGUAAACCGUAGUAGUUCAGCACCAUUCACUUGGAAUUAUGAUAUCAUUUCUAAAUUUGGUAUAACGGUGUUUGACUUUCUUAGUGAUUUACAGCCUUUUCUUUUAAAAUAUUAGUUGUUUUGUGUCUCGUGAUUUAUUUCAUAAAGGAUAACAAUGUAUUAUAUCAAUAAAUGAUUUAUCAAGAAAAUAUAAAGUGAAAGUCGGUGAUUUAGGUGUUGAUUUUUUCAAAAGAUCUAAUUGGUUACAUAUACAUAUGGAGAUUGUAUGUUUAACGUGGAAAAUAAGAAAUAUAUAGGUUAUGGUUUAUGUUCUAAGUUAUUUUUAAAUCGCAUUUAUGUUAUACGAAUUCCAUAACAUUGGAUGAUGAUCUGUGGAUUUUUGUUUCUCAUUGCAGUAUGAAUGAUUUUUUUUUUUAUCAUAAAAGAAUUUCCAUAUAGCAAGAGUUUACUAAAGUUACAUUAACUUUGGAUAGUGUGAUAAAACAAUUUUAAAGCUAUUUUAGAUAACAUUGAUAUUUAAUGACUUUAUAAAAGGGUCUCCCAUUUACAAAUAUAUCCCACAAAUUAGUAUAUAGUUUUAAUCAGUAACUCAAAUAUAACCACUAAACAUGAAUGCAUUAAUAACGGGAAUUUAAAAUUUCAUCUUGCGAACAAAGCAAUUGGGAGGAUAAAAUAUAAAAAUAUAAAGUACGAAAAAACGAGUUAAAGAAAGAAAGAAAUAAAAAUAAAAUUAAAAUAUAAAUUUGGAAAAAA